UUGGAAAUCAGUCGUUCGCCGGUUGCGAGAUUAUCAUGUUGUGUGCAGUUCCGCGCUCCUUCUCGGCUCUUAAACAAGGAUUACAAGUUUUCGAUUCGAUCUCAGACUUCUUCUGUUAUCAUGUAACCAACCCGCGUUCAAGUGCGAUUGGAAAAUUGUUGUGAAGUGUUGAAACUUUUGGAGGGAUUUCUCAAAACUUGAAAAAACUUGUGCUCAAUUUUAGGAUGAUACCACUCUGUGACAAACAAUGUGAUAAAAGUUAUUCAUGAAAACAGCAGGAAUAUUUUCAAGUGAUCACCUGGAUACACCUGGGAUGAUCAAGGAAUAAUCACGCAUUUGGCGUCUUGGUGCUAAUUCGACACCGUACUUGAUACGCUGACACACCUGAUUUGUCGACUGCUGCACCAUUAUCAAAGCGUUCAUGGCUUGCCGAAUCUUCUGAGGAUGGUGAGACUGCACUUCGGCGAGCCAAGCGAGACUGCUUCCAACCGACCAACACCCUCGUCACCGCCUUCCCAUGACAAUGGGCGAUACCAUGCGUCUCGAACAUGAGCAGAUCGACCUGAGGACCAACAACAACAACAACAACAACAACAUCAGCAACAACAACAACCAUCAUCCCUACAUCAAGGAGAAGAGCGGCGUGAGGAAACGGAGGAGGCUCAACCAGGUUGUUGAUAAGCUAGUCACACUGAACAACAACAACUACUCAACAACAGUUAACCAUUUGAACAACAACAACAACGAGACCAUCAGGCGGAAGGUGUCUAUGUUGAAGCAAGAAGAGAUGGCGCCCCUAGAUUGUCCCCUAGUUUCUGAAGAUGAGGAUGUGUUCAGCCCAGCAUCUUCGAACAAAUCCCCCCACAGUUCCAACACAGACUCGCCCAAAAUCAGUUUCAGUCCGUUGAGGUUCAAGGAUAGCAGCGUGGAGGAAGACUCAACCAUGCCAUCACAGACAGGAUGCUCCUGUACCAGUUGUAUCCCGAACUACCCUGGGUCACCUGCGUCACCUUUACCAGCUCCCGUCUACAACUUCGAGCAUUAUAUUACCUCCAAGUACCUGCCAGAUUUGAUCCGUCGGAGGAGUCAUUCAGACUCAGAUUUGCCACCUGUCUGGGCCAUGGAAACUGCCAAAACUGAACCAGGUCUUGAAAGGACAUCGACAACCACCACUCCUCGACCAAUCCCACAUCCCGUCAGGCAUGCGUCCUUGGAUUGGGACAGGACGUCACCUCAAGAUUCACCCCUAGAUCUGUCUAUGAAGACAGGGUUGAAGGAACCUCCCUUACAACUCUUCCCCUACGGUUUCCUACCAUCUUGGGGGUCAGUUUCAGUACCAGUUGUGAAAGGGGAUGUAGCCUCCCCUACAACAAAGGAAAGUGUUGCUGUAUGGUACAACCUUGAGGUAUCACCUGUGGUUGAAGAGAUGCCUCCAGGCUCCAACGUCGCAUACAUUUGUCCAGUCUGCGGCCAAAUGUUCAGUCUACACGAUCGACUAGCCAAACACAUGGCGUCCCGACACAAAAGCCGUACACAAUCUAGCGACUCUACCGCAAAAGCGUACCUCUGCGAAGUUUGCAACAGAUCGUUCGCGAGAAGCGACAUGUUGACACGACACAUGCGUCUCCACACAGGCAUUAAACCCUACACAUGCCUCGUGUGUAAACAGGUCUUCUCAAGGUCUGAUCAUCUCUCCACGCACCAACGCACGCACACGGGGGAGAAGCCAUACAAAUGUCCGCAGUGUCCGUAUGCGGCCUGCAGACGGGACAUGAUCACAAGGCACAUGAGGACGCAUGCACGGUAUGAGCCCGGGGAAGAACCGCAUACGCCGUCUGCAUCACCCACCAGUAUGAACCCCCCUACACCUGCUGAGACGUAGGCAUUUCCCUCAUGUCCAUCUGUGUUCAUAGUAAUACAAUGGUGAUACCAUAGACAAACGAUAGCAUGAGAGGCUAAUAUUAGACAGAUCAGCAAUUUGCAGAUAUAGUAUUCAAAUUUAAUUCAAUUUGAAGUUUCAAUAUCUCAAAAUAUCUCACUCUUUAAGGUUGCUUGGAGGACAGGACCCAGAGUCCUAGCUCCGCCCUUAAUAAAGACAAUUAUUCAUUUAUUAUCAUUCUUUUUUCUAGAGCUACUGAGAGUAUUUAUAGUUUAUUCAUAAUUCAUUAGUAAACUGGAACUAAAAGUACAAAGAAAUAGUAUGUAGAUAAUAAUCGGCUUGAACAACUAGUGGGAUUUGGAACACAAACGAUCGAAAGCAUUGGAUAUCUAUCUCCUUGUGCUAUCUUUUCUCUAUGGUGACACUAAUGUAUCUCUAUGUCUGUGUUGUACUCUGUGUUCGUAUCAUCACACUCCAUCUAAUUCAUCAAAGCUUUUGAGUGUUGUAAACGCAUGCAAAAUCGUAAACGUAAACGUUGUUGUGUGUACAAGAUGUGUGUUUUAUAAAACAAUCUCUGUAACUGUGUUGGAGAGGGUGGAUAUUUUACACAAUAUUUGUGUUCAUUUUGACACCAGGAUCAAAUAAUUAUUUUAAAAUUGUGUGUGUUUUCAAAAUUGACAUUGAAGUAUUGAAACGAUGAGGAAUCACUGAAUAUGAGAGAUCAAUCAUAAAUGCUGUUAGAAUUCAUUUUUGAGAAUUUGAGGUAUUCUCGUGGAAUAAACGAAAUAAAGUACAAAAAGUUUCAAGCAUUACGAGAUCUCUAACAAUUACUUGCAUCAUGAUGAUAAAUUCAUGACUAGUGACUGUUUCAAAAAUGAAAAAAUAAUGAUUCUAAUCGACUGAAGUUUCAAUUAUCUAAAGAUUCAAUCAGCUGGAGAAUGAAUUAUCAUAUUCAUAUUGAUCCGAUCAACUCACUGAUCAAUUCAAGAAGCACUUGUGAGAAGAAUCAG